AGAAAGGUGUUGAGGUCAUCCCUCGCUUGGUGUGGGGUGCAGGUUGAGUGGAGUGGAAGGUGGUUCCUUGAGAAUACCGAAAGUGAUCUAGCCAGGAACGGCCUGGCUCAAUCGCUUCGCAAACGCGGUCCAACCUGUGUCGUCAUCCCGUUGCAUUUGCACUUCAGCUUCGAUUUCGUCUUUUGGUCAUUUCUGCUGUACAUACCAUUUCAUUGAUUUUGGUGCAUUCAAACCAUGCUUUACCGGUCACAUUGUUACCUUCGAAGGCUGAGGACUCGAUUUUUGGACACGUCCUGACACCGCCCUUGCUUGGUCUUAUCGGACCACUACGGUAACAUUGCUAGCCAUGAAUGAUAGUGAACACGCUCAGACAAUGGACGCUGGACCCCUUUCGCCGACGUCUACGAUUUCGAACCUUGGACUCGAUCUGAGCGGCAUACCACCAAUUGCCAUAUUAUCGGCUCAUCUGAAGCUCGAUGAAGAGAGGCAUCUGAAAGAGACGCUACACCGGUUAGAGGCGCCAUUUACAACCGAUGUCUCAAGAGCCAAGAUAUUCAUUGGAAAGGUGGCAACUAAGAGAAGGGCAGAGUUUGAACUUCGGUCUCGGAAGCUGACAGUCGAAGAGAAAAUCGCACCAAAACGGCCUGCUAGUCCGGUCAAGACUGGGGGUCACGCGAGCAAAAGGCGAAGGGUAUCUGGAGGGUCAAUCAAGCUAGACGGAGCGAAUGACGAUGGCUCUGCUACCAAGGAUGAGGCUGUUGAUGAUUCCUUACUCGAAGGCGAGGUGCCGGCUGGACAGCUCGACGUCUCUGAACUUGACUCGACACCUGCACAAGUCUUGUCUCUAUUCGAGAACCCUACGGACGAAGACAUUAUUUGGGUAAUACGAUUAGACUGGCUAGAAGAGUGUGUACAGGCUGGUCACCUACUACCCCUAAAUGACAAGCUCGUGUUCACCGGUCGAGUGCGCGAUCGUCCCAAGUCGGCAAAUGAGAGACCUAGGAUACCACUUUCCUCGAACAAGCCAAGAGCUGCUCCCGCACCUCAAACCCUUGUGACGACUCGUCCACAAGAUGAGGGCGAUAUGUUGGAGAGAGCAAAGGCGGAUGUAGCUACCAACCCACCAAAAUCACACUACCAACCUCAUCGAUCCGGGCCCAGCCAUGGCUCUCGCAGAUUCGAGGGAAAAAGUUACGCGCCUACUAUGCAGCCAAACAAACCUACAUUCGCCUCAGCGACUGCGCGUUUGCUACAACAGACCACAAGUGAGUACGAGGGUGAGGAUAGCGACAUACCUCAUCCACCGGAAUGGGUCGUGAAAGGUGUCAAAUAUGCAUGCCAACGCUUCACACCUGCGAACGGCCCCAAUGACGACCUUCUUGACCAGCUGAAGAAGAUACGAACGGCAAGAACACUCAUCGAUGACGAGAUUGGUGUCCGUGCAUACUCGACAAUCAUCGCCUCUAUCGCAGCAUACCCAUAUAAACUCAUCCAUCCUCGCGAAAUCGCGCAACUCCCAGGAUGUGAUGAGAAGACCGUUGUCUUGUUCGUGGAGUGGAGAAAUACAGGCAAGAUUCAAGCUGUAGAAGACUACGAGAACGACGAAGCGAUGAAAGUCCUACGCUCGUUCUACGACAUCUGGGGCGUUGGUGCGAAGACUGCUCGCCAUUUCUAUUACAAUAACAACUGGAACGAGCUGGAUGACAUUAUCGAAUUCGGAUGGAAUGAUCUGGAUCGUGUACAGCAGAUUGGCGUCAAGUACUAUGAUGAGUUCUUGGAUCCAAUUCCUCGAGCUGAGGUGGAGCAGAUCGCGGAAGUUGUCCGCAAGCAUGCGGUCAAGCUACGAGACGACCGCAUCACAGUAACUAUUGUUGGUGGUUAUCGGCGCGGCAAACAGGCUUCCGGUGAUGUAGACAUGAUCGUCUCGCACCCCGACCUCGAGGCUACGGCCGGCCUAGUAAGAGACAUUGUCGAGUCUCUGGAAACCGAUGAAUGGAUCACACACACAUUGACAAUGAGCCUGACCAACACCCACAGAGGCCAGCACGCUCUUCCCUUCCGCUCUACAAAAGGACACGGCGUCGGCUUCGACACGCUCGACAAAGCCCUCGUAGUAUGGCAGAACCCUGCCUGGCGAACUCGCGAGCAGGACCUGGAGGCCAACCCGAAAGCCAAGAACCCGAACGUACACCGCAGAGUAGACAUAAUCAUCGCCCCAUGGCGGACCGUGGGCUGCGCAGUUAUGGGCUGGAGCGGCGGCACCACGUUCCAGCGAGACCUCAGGCGGUACGCAAAGGCGGUCAAGGGCUGGAAGUUCGAUAGCAGCGGUAUCCGCAGUCGCAGUAAUGGCGAAGCGAUAUUGCUUGAGGGUGAGAAUGGUGUUGACGGGACGCCAGAAGAUGCUGAAAAGAAGGUUUUCGAAGGUCUGGGUUUGGAGUUUGUUCCGCCUGAGUACAGGGUCACAUACUGAACGGCAGUCAUUUGGCGUUGAAGGGCGACCGCCAACGAGGCGCAAACGGCGCUUGCAACAAUCCGGCGUUUGCGUUCUCGAGUCUCG